AUGGACAACUACGCUCCCUCACACCCCGUCUCGCCAAUCUCGCAGCCUCCGUCCUCUCCUUCAUCUCCUUCAAGCCUCAAACGCUACGAGCUGGGACUCGACCUCUCUGACAAAGCCAUUGAGACCGCUGCUCAUCCCAAACCAACAGCACCGCAUCUCUCGCUCAUAGAAGUGCCAAGGCGCAAACCCGUACCACCGCCGAAAGCUGUGUUUGCCGAUCAGACAGAGCCUCAUGUCGAAGCUCCACCAGCUGGCCAGAGUGGCGGCGGGCUGAAGGGGAAGAUAAGAGACCUCUGGCUCUUUAAGCGGAGGAUGGUGCUCACCGUCGCUGCGGUGGUAGCUGUUUUGUUGCUGGGGUUGAUUAUUGGGUUGGCCGUUGGGCUGACCAGGCACAAGUUCGUAUAA